AUGGUUGCGCCAGCUGUUCCCGAGAUAUACGAAGAGGAUGAUAUCUAUGCCGCCGUCGAUACACGCUCAGACUCUUUACAGAGCUUACGGGAAUUAGGUCCCCCGGACUUGGUAUACUUGGUCAAGCAGCCAAAGACCAACGCAAAUCGCCAGACCGGCGUUUACCACCAUGUCACCGGAAUCGAUGCCUCCUCCUCUGCCAGUCUAGCGGCUUAUGUAAAUACACUUACCUUUUCGCCUCUAGACAAAACACACAAGGUGGUUUCGGGGAUUUACUGUUGCUAUAAUGCCUUCUCCCACCUCGAUAUGCGCGUCGAAGUUAAGAUCCCGGGAAGCUUGGAGAGUUACUGCAUUGAUGAGCGCGGGGAUAAGCGUGUUGCUACGGAGGCCCUUUGGCUCGAAACAUUUCUCUGCGCAGUCUUGAGAGCCUACUCAUAUGCGGACGAUGGAAGCGGGGAUUCAAUCAGGAAGAUUGUCGGAGUUAGACGAUUCAACCCGGUUACAAACACAGAGAUGGAACAUAAAUUCCUGGAUGCGGCCGAGAGGCUCUUUUUCCUGGGGAGACAGCUGAGCUCCGAUCCAGAAACCCAGGUCCCCAACACCGUCAGCAACCACCUCACAACCGGUCUCCUGAAAUACAUCCAAACAACCGGUCGCUACACAUCAGGAGUCAACCUUUUCGAAAAGCUUCGCACGCGGGACGUGGAGGUUUCGUCCCUCUUGGCCCGGGUUCUCAUAAUGGCAAAUGAAGAGGUUCAGUCGGUACGGUUAAUGUUCGAUGCCCUGCAAGAUGUGCCCAUGGAUUACGCGCUACUCGAUUGCCAGGCUGCAUUCUGCCAGAGUAAAGGAGAGGGAGAGAUGGCCUUGGAGUGUGCGAAGCGGGCCGUGACUGCUGCACCCAGUGAAUUCAGCACUUGGGCUCGGCUGGCGGAUGUAUACGUCGGCCUUGAGCGAUGGGACUUGGCGCUGCUGACACUGAACUCCUGCCCCAUGUUCACUUAUCAAGAUAAGGAUACGCCCCGGAUGCCCCAACCAUCUCGUAUCAUGCUUCCCAUCCUUGCAGAGAGCAUUUUGGAGGAGAUUGACGAAGGGCAACCAAGACAAGGAGACCCUCACGAUUACGUUCACCCUUCCCUGCGGAAAUUGCAUGCCGCUGCCUACCAAGGAACCUUCCUGAAGGCUUAUAAUAUUUUGACUAAAAUUGCUGCUUCGAUUGGCUGGGAUCAACUUCUCAAAAUCCGCAGUGAGGUGUUCGUCAUGGAGGAGGAGUACAGAGUUGAACGUCACCAUACAGCACCGAAAACUGGAAAGCUCAAUGCAAACGCCAGCUCUACAACCGUAAAUGAAGACUCAGAGGAGACAAAUGGGAAUGGAACAGAGCACGAGGAUGGCUCUGGCUCGGAUCGCGAAAAUGCGACUACUGACGCUGCCACAAACGGGGAUGGCAACGAGGAGAACUCGAUCGAGAGACCAGAGCAAACGAUGGCAUCGGAGGUUGUCAAGUCUGGAAAUGAAGACCCCGACCCAUCGCAUUCGACAUACACGCAAUUCCGGAACAAACGCCUUUGCGAGAGGUGGCUUGAUAACCUUUUCAUGGUCCUCUAUGAAGACCUCCGCAUAUACACCAUCUGGCGAACAGAGAUGGCCCAAUUUCGUCAGCAAGCCAUGGAGUACAAGAAAUCCGCCACGGAGUGGGAAAUUCUGGGCGAGCUGGCAGAGCGACUCCACCACUUCGAUGAAGGAAUUGAAGCCUACCAGAACUGUCUUGCCAUUCGAUUCUCACCCAAGGCUAUGCGAGGCGUUCUCAAGCUGUAUGAACUCAAGAACGACACUCGUGGAAUGCUGGGUGCAUUGAUCCGACUCAUUGCCUGGCAAUACCGGUGGUAUUCAGAGUUCUCUCCCGAACUUCUCUUCCUGAUCCGCAAACUCAUCGAGGACGAAGGUGCCGUCAAGGUGCGCAGCAUCGUCCAGGCGACCAACCUGCCCCAGCCCGUCCUCGACCUCACACACCAAUACUGCCAAUUGUGCGCAACCUUCCGUAGCAGCGGUAGUGAUGCUUAA